UGCGUUUCUCUGAGGUCCAACUUGGAACAGGAACAGGAGGAGUAGUAGCAAAAAAUAUCUCACGCGGUCACCCCACUGACCGCUACACGUCUCUCGUUUUUGUCAUUUCCGUCUAGCUUCCUCGUGGUCGUCUCGUCCGUUCGCCGCCGCCGCCGCAUCGCCGACAGUACCUCAGUCCAGAUCGAUCCUCCCUCUUCCCAGAUCGGGUCUAGUUGGGCGUCAGCCACCGCCGCCGCACCCGUCAUCUUCACGCUUCCGGGUGGGCUACCGCAGCCGCUGCCCGACGCCAGGUGCCAAGGCCUUCGCCGAUCUCUUCGUCGUCGAAGAGCGCCCACCAGAUCCGCCCCUGAGCUGAGCAUCGAUGUCUCCUUUGGCUCUUCUCCAAGCUCUCUUCGUCCUCCUGUGCUGCUCGACUCUGGCUCUCGCUUCCUCGUCGGAGCUAACCCUUGCACGAGCUGCUUGUGGAGACGACCAGCUUGUCAUCUUCGAUGCUUCUGAUGGCCUCCUUAACCUGUCGGUCAAUGGGGUUCUGGUGCAGGACCGCGUGCUUGCCUGCCAUAAGCUCGGCUUCUACUUUGCCAGUGGCUGCAUCCGCUGCAGCAACCUUUCAGAUGCGUUGAGGGGUGCCGUAGAGCAGUACUGUGGUGAAGGGAGUAGAACGCUCCAUGGUAGCAACUUUACUUCAAGAUAUGCCUUCUCACCUGUAGCAACUUUACAUCAAGAUGUGCCAAGGAAGCUCUUGAGGCGGCCCACAGAAAAUAGCUCAAGAAAUGAUUAUGACCCAUGUGGGAGGUUUGGGUUAAAUGAAAAUGAAAAUGAAAAUGAUCAGGACACUGGUGAUUCUUCAGAAAAGCAGGAUCAUCUUCUGGCUGUGCCAGGUGUGAUUCUCUUAUGCUGUGGUCUUAUGUUACCAUGCUUUCAUGCCGAAAGAAAAGAAGUCAGCAGGCAUGACACAACAACCGCUCAGCGCAACACGGUUGAAUCAGUUUCAUCCUAUGAAGUAAGCAUGUCAUCUGAGAAAGUCCCACCAACUCCACAUCGAAUACCUCCAAGUCCAUCUAGAUUUGCGCCAUCUCCACAGAUAGCUAGAGUUGGAUCUGUCGACUUAAGCAUCCAGCAGAUCCUCAGGGCGACUCAGAACUUCUCAUCUUCAUUUAAGUUAGGGGAAGGAGGAUUUGGGAUGGUCUACAGGGCUGUAUUGCCAGAUGGCAAUGUUGUUGCAGUCAAGAGAGCUAAAAAGGAUCAGUUUGCAGGUCCUAGGGAUGAGUUCAGCAAUGAAGUAGACUUGCUUGCUAAGAUAGACCACCGAAAUUUGGUGAGGUUACUAGGUUUUACCGAUAAAGGAAAUGAGCGCAUUAUCAUCACUGAAUAUGUUCCAAAUGGUACUCUUAGAGAACAUCUAGAUGGUCAACAUGGCAGAGUCCUGGAUUUCAAUCAGCGCCUAGAAAUUGCAAUUGACGUGGCUCAUGCACUUACUUAUCUUCAUCUGUAUGCAGAGAAGACUAUAAUUCAUCGUGAUGUGAAGUCAUCAAACAUCCUGCUGACGGAUAGCUAUCGGGCCAAGGUGUCUGACUUUGGGUUUGCAAGAAGUGGCCCUAGUGACACGGAGAAGACACACAUAUCAACGAAAGUGAAAGGCACAGCAGGGUACCUGGAUCCCGAAUACUUGAGAACGUACCAGCUUACUCCAAAGAGUGAUGUAUUCUCAUUUGGCAUAUUGCUUGUAGAAAUUCUUUCUGCUCGCAGACCUGUAGAACUGAAGCGAACCCCUGAUGAGAGGAUCACAAUCAGAUGGACUUUCAAGAAAUUCAAUGAAGGCAACAUGAGAGAGAUAUUGGACCCGUUGCUGGAAGAUCAUGUGGACGAUGAGGUGCUUGAAAAGCUCCUUAGCCUGGCUUUCCAAUGCGCUGCUCCAACACGGGACGACCGCCCGACUAUGAAGGAAGUUGGGGAGCAGCUGUGGGAAAUAAGGAAAGAGUACGGAAAGAGCAUUAGGAAGGUGUGAAGAUCAUGGACAACAUUACCUGUUUUUCAAGCCUUCCCCUCAAGGCCUCAACCAAGGAAUAAGCAUGCUUUUCAUCAAAAAAGGAAUAAGCAUGCUAACCAUUCGUGCCCAUUGGAUAAACAUUUAUGGUAUGUUUCUUACUUGGAAGAUGUGGUCUGAACAAUGUACAGUGUGAUAACAACACCCCCAGUAUGUACUUUCUUGUCUAUCGGUUUGCAGCGCACUCCUCUGUGGAGAAUGUAUAUGUUGGAGUUCACAUUUCUUCAUUCUGUUGAUAUGGUAUUCUGAUGGAUGUAACCGCACACGUUACUGCCAAAUGGUCUACGAUUUAAGAUAAAUAAAGGAGUUUCUAUUGGAGAUGUUUAA